CGUCAGAUUGUCAAUUUUAUCAAUAAAAUUUUCAGAAGUGUACAUAGUCGAAAGUAAUUUUACGCAGUAUUUUCAGAAUAGAAUAGCAACGAAAAGGUUAUAAUAAAACAUUCAAAAUGCAAGGUCUCAGUAUUCAAAGUCUUAAAAAGCACAAGGCCUUGAUCCCCCUGUUUGUGUGUGUGGGUUUGGGUUGUGGAGCGUCAGUGUUCUACACCCUGCGUCUGGCCCUCCGCAACCCUGAUGUGUCGUGGAACAAGAAGAGCAACCCUGAGCCCUGGGAGGAGUACAGAAACAAGCAGUACAAGUUCUACUCUCCCAACAGAGACUACAGCAAGGAGGAAUGCCCCGCACCAAAAUACUGAGCUCUCAAUCAUUAUGUUGCAUAAAGUUUUAGAUGUUUUAAUUUAAUAAAUAGCCAAAUGUGAUCA